AUGUCAUGCGUAAUCGAACGCCCACCCACGCGAACGAGUGCAAAAGUUGCUCAGCUGCUUAAAUCAGCAGUGAGAAAGGGCUUUGAUCCAAAGGACGCCGAUAGAAUCAUGUCCAAGGCCAAAAUGAGUGAUCAUCUCAUAGAAAUCUACAACUACUUAGAUACUUCGAAAAAAUACUACAUUACUCCAGAAAGCACAAUACCAAGCAUCAAGAUCCACAUGGGUGCCAAACCAAGAUUCUUCGAGCAGACGAGCGAGAGGGAGCUAAACGAGAAUUAUGGUCUUCCAACAUUCCAGCUCGAGCCCCAUACCGAGGAGAACCCGAUCCCCCCAACAAUUUUGACUCAUCUAAUGGUCUCCUGGAACAACCGUGGCGAGAACAUAAUGAUGCUCGGAGGCAGUAGCCCUUCACCUCGAAGCGAGGAUUAUCGGUGGCUCACAGAAAUGAUUUACAAAUACAAAUAUUUCCCUCACCUCAUGGUCAUGUCUCUCCAUUGGGUCAAUGAGGAUAACACGGAGAAACUUAUCCUACGGAGCGAGUUGAUCCUUAUCAGACUGAUUGUAUUCAAGGGCCGCAAGGACGAAAAAGAGCCCCAUGACAUCAUUCCAGCACUUUUAAUAUCAGUCCGUCCCUAUCAGUAUGUGAUUAUUGAGGCAUACUAUGAUGGCAAGGACGUCCACGAAAACUACGGUGAACCCAUAGCGAUGUCUGAUAAGGUGCCACCCAAAGAACUGGACAGAGGGAUGAAGUAUGUAAUCGGAUGGGCAACUGCCCAACCCUGUGGAAAAACAGCUAGCUAUGAAGUUUCUCCGAAGUCAUUUGUGGGCUUGAUACGCAUGGCGAGUUUUGUUAGGGCUUAA